AUGUUCGGUGCUUACAUUCGACAAGCCGGCCUCUGUAUCAAACUGAGCUCAACUAUUAAAUUCAUCCAAAUACAAGUGAAACUUCCAUCCAUCCGUCAAAGCUCAUCAGUACCUCAGUCUUAUUCGCAUCGACUCCCUAAGUUGUUCUUCCAUAACGCUUCCUGGAAAAGUGCAGGCAUUGCAGGUUAUCAUUCGACAGACACAGAUAUGGUGCCCCCAAAGGCUUGGUUCAAACUCUUGUACCCUGAAAGUGACUGGGACAAAGUUUCGUUGGAGGAAGUUGAAGAUGUGACAGACCUCAAGAAGGCAAUCAAGAAUGAAUCGCCCCGUAAACUUGGUGCUUUUGAUAAUAGUGACCUCACUCUCAGUGCCACAGUGAAAGUUGAUGAUGCUAGUCAAGCAAUGAAAUUGGAUGCACGAAAAGGUCUUGCUUCGAUUCUCAAGGACUUUGAUGUGAGGACCCUAGAUGAAGAUAUUAAUAUUACUUCAGUCCAUAAAUCCUUUGCUGAAAACAUCUGGCUUUUUGUCACUGCUCCUGCUGCUCUUCUGUCAAUACUUGUGAAGCAGGAUAUCACCUGUGUUUUUCCCAAUGGUAUGGAUUCAGCAAUGUCUAAAUACCUGUUUUCAUCAUUAGCCUUUGCCCAUAGCUUAUUUUUCUUCUAUACAGCAGUCAAAUGUCUGGGUGAUGAAGAUGAGAAACUAAAGAACAAGCUCCAGAAUGCCUGGGUAUUCCAUGUCAGCCUUGAAAAUGGCUCCGGCUUGAGAGUAGAUGAACCAGAUCCAUUCCGAGCUAUUGGCAAUCGAAUGCUUCUGCAACUUUUCCCAGGGAAAGAACUCAAGCACAUCAUUGACAGUUAUGAAGCACCAGAUCCAUGGACAGUUUUGGAAUUGGUUGCCAAACAUGAGAAACAGGAGCUGAAGGAUGCUACAAUUAUUGUGGUUGUGGAUGGCAUGCAGAAUCUUAUGGCCUCAUAUGAGGAUGGGCUGAGGGCAGAUUCUCGGUUUUACCGGACCCUGACAUCUAUUGGCGAUCUUGCACAUAAAGGUGCUUUUCUACUCCCCUGCUGCACAGCAACAAUCUCUCGCCCAUUUGAGUAUGGCUUGAAACCCUCCAUUCGAAAACGCAUAUUUCUACCAGUCAUUUCCUUGAAAACUCCCUCUAUCCUUCAAGAUGAUGGUACCAAGCAAUUGAUCUUUAAAGAGGACAAUACCAUUAUGAAGCUCCUUGAAGGAGACUGUGGUGGGCAUGCAAGGGCUGUCGAACUUCUAUGGAAUCUUUCAAAGGGACUUGACUUGGACAAAUGUAAUGUUGGUGGUUUGAUGCGCACACUGCAGAUUAAGAUUGUCAAACUUUAUAAGGGUGCCUUUCCCAAUAAUGAUGAGGUUGAAGCUAUUGCACGGGCAGUAUUGACUCACCAACGCUUGGCAAGCAACAAGUAUAUUCCAAAUACACAAAAAUUUCCUGAUCAAGUCGUUGAACCUGGACUUAUUCGAUAUGAAAAAAAUCAUCACAAUUACGGAUAUCUCCAUAUGCCAUAUAUAUGGCUCUGGGCGAUAGCAGAAAAAGCUGGUGGGGAAUCAAUUCUUCCAGGUUGGAGAUUUGAUGACUAUGAUGGACAUCUGGCCAAAGAAGAUCAGACAUUGCCCUCAGGCUGUUCUUGGGAAAAUUUUGAAAAAUUCAAUGCAAGAUUCCACAGCAUGAAGUCCUUUGCUCAAGAAGAAAACCAACCACCAAAUGAUGCAAGAACCUAUGCCCAAGCUACUUCCCAACAAUUGAAUCAUAAAACUAAUCUUCUUUCCCAAUAUUCUUCUUCCACUCCUUUGUUGCAACCUAAUUCUCAGUCUACAUCAUCUAUGCUUCCUACCACUACUACACAAUCUACAUCUUCUAACCUAGUCUUUAUUGAUGAAACACUCACUGCUAUGGAAUCUGUCAUGUCUACAUCUUCAGAAAAAUCUGAUAAUGCCAAUUGUUUUGAUUCUGAGAUGACUCUGAAUAGUAAUUAUGAAAAUACUUAUGAAAAUACUAACAACCUAAAUGUGAAUAAAACUUCAGAUGUUCAAACCAGCAAUGAUACUAAACAUAAUGAUGAUAACUCUGAUACUAACAUGCAAACUGAUACUAACAUUGAUGUUAUCAAUUCCUCUCAUUUAUCUCCCAAACUCUCUUCCUCUGCAUCUCUUAACUAUGCUCCCCUGUCCUCACAGAAUUCAGAUCCAAAUGACACUAAUUCUUUUCACACAGUUACAAGAUUGAUGACA